GCUUUUCUCUCUCUCCGCUCCUCCUCGCGCAGCUGCUGCUCUGGUCUGCAGACAUGGCGAACGUCGUAGACACUAAACUCUACGACAUCCUCGGAGUAUCUCCGUCAGCCACCGAAAACGAGCUUAAAAAGGCAUACAGGAAACUAGCUAAAGAGUACCACCCUGAUAAAAACCCCAAUGCAGGUGACAAGUUUAAGGAGAUCAGUUUUGCAUAUGAGGUGCUUACUAACCCGGAGAAGAAGGACUUGUAUGACCGGUAUGGAGAACAGGGUUUGCGCGAGGGUGGUGGUGGUGGAGCCGGAAUGGAGGACAUCUUCUCUCACAUCUUUGGUGGAGGUCUGUUCGGCUUUAUGGGCGGCCAGAGCACCAGGAACCGGAACGGUGGCCGACGGAGAGGAGAGGACAUGAUACAUCCACUGAAAGUGUCUUUGGAAGAUCUGUACAAUGGAAAAACAACCAAACUACAGCUAAGCAAGAACGUACUCUGCAGUGCCUGCAGUGGUCAAGGGGGUAAAACAGGGGCUGUGCAAAAGUGCGUCACGUGUAGGGGCCGUGGCAUGCGGAUCAUGAUCAGACAGUUGGCUCCUGGCAUGGUCCAGCAGAUGCAGUCUGUGUGCACCGACUGCAACGGAGAGGGGGAGGUGAUCCACGAGAAAGACCGCUGUAAAGAGUGUGACGGCCGUAAGGUGAAUAAAGAGGUGAAGGUCUUGGAGGUCCACGUGGAUAAAGGAAUGAAACAUGGACAGAAGAUCACAUUCACCGGAGAGGCAGACCAGUCGCCCAACACAGAGCCUGGAGACAUUAUACUGGUGAUGCAGGAGAAAGAUCAUGAGGAGUUCCGUCGUGAUGGAAACGACCUGCACAUAUGCCACAAGAUUGGCCUGGUGGAGGCGCUCUGCGGAUUUCAGUUCAUGCUCACGCACCUUGAUGGACGGCAUCUCGUCAUCAAAUAUCCCCCAGGCAAAGUCAUAGAGCCAGGUUCUAUAAGGGUCGUCCGGGGGGAAGGAAUGCCUCAGUACAGAAACCCGUUUGAGAAAGGAGAUCUGUUCAUCAAGUUUGACGUCCAAUUUCCUGAGAACGGCUGGAUCAGCACAGAGAAGCUAACGGAGUUGGAAGAUCUGCUGCCGUCACGCACAGAGGUUCCUGUCAUCUCAGCGGAUGCGGAGGAAGUGGAUCUGCAGGAUUUUGACCUCAGUCAGGGAUCAGCAGGCAGUCACCGCCGUGAAGCUUACAACGACAGCUCUGACGAGGAAGGGGGUCCGCAUGGUCCGGGGGUGCAGUGCGCCCACCAGUAG